AGGGUGAUCCUCAGGGAGAGUGGUUUGGCUCGGUACCUACACUCCGCAGUGCUGCUGAGCGGCACAGUGCUGGUUUUUGGGGGAAACACUCACAAUGACACGUCGCUAAGCAAUGGAGCCAAGUGCUUUUCUGCUGACUUCAUGGCGUACGAUAUAGCUUGUGAUGAGUGGACUGCCCUCCCCAGACCAGGGCUGCACCGGGACGUCAACCGCUUUGGACAUUCUGCCGUGGUUAGCAACGGCUCCAUGUACAUCUUUGGAGGUUUUUCAGGCCUCCUUCUGAACGAUGUGCUGGCCUACACCCCUCCGUCCUGCAAGGCAUUUUCUAACCCAACUUUGUGUGCUGCUGCUGGGCCAGGCCUUCGCUGCCACUGGAUCAAAAGUAGAUGUGUCCCCUGGGAGCCAAAACCACCUGAUCACAUUUUUCCUGCUCCUUUUUGCCCAGCACGACUUGACAGUACAGACGAGCAGUGUUUCAAAUUCUCAGACUGUGCAAGCUGCACCGCCAACACGCUGGGCUGUCAGUGGUGUGAGGACAGGAAAUGUAUCUCUGCCUCCAGCAACUGCACAGUGCUAACUCUGGAGCUGGCCCAGCAGCAUGGCGGCGCUCUGUCUCUGUCUCGCCCACCAUCCAUGUUGUCUGAACAUCAGCUGAGUUUGUGGAAGCACGGAGCCAGAAGGAGGGGACAUUCGGUGAGAGACUCGUCCAGGUGUAAGCACAGGGAGGAGCAGGAGUGUUUCAGACUGGCCAACUGCAGGAGCUGCUCCCUCAACAUCAACUGUCAGUGGGAGCUGCAGCAACAGGAGUGUCAAGCUCUGCCUGACAUUGGGACCGCCAGUGUGGGGAGGGCUGGCACCACGGGGGAGGCCUGCCUGAGGAUCAACUCCAGCAGAGAGAGCUAUGAUAACGCCCAGCACUACUGCAAAAACCUGGGAGGAAAUAUUGCCUCUUUGCUCUCUGACAAACAGGUCAUUUUGUUAUGGAAGAGCUACAAAAUACCAGCUGCAAGAAAAG